AGUUUUUUUUUUCCUUAUAUAUAUAUAUAAUAAAAUAGGAAGUGUAGAUAUCUCAGAGAUCUUCGAUCGAAUCAGCUCAGCAGCAGCUCCUCCAACCAAAAAAAAAAAAACCCUAGCUCUUUCGUUUUCUCUCGAUCUUAAUCUCGGGAGCUUCUCGAUCGAAUCAUAUCAAGAAUCACGAUGGGAUCCAGAUCUCGCAACGAAAACUUUCAAUCCGGCGAUGGCGCUAGCCCAGGGAAGAUAUUCAUCGGAGGAUUACACAAGGACACCACCAACACUGAGUUCAAUAAGCACUUUGGCAAGUACGGAGAGAUUACAGACUCGGUGAUAAUGAGAGAUCGACACACGGGACUACCUAGAGGUUUCGGUUUCAUCACCUUUGCUGAUCCUUCUGUUGUUGAUCAAGUCAUCGAUGACACUCAUUCCUUCAAUGGCAAACAGGUUGAGAUCAAGAGGACGAUUCCUAAAGGUGCUGGUAGUGGUGGGAACCAGUCUAAGGAUUUCAAGACUAAGAAGAUUUUUGUUGGUGGUAUACCCUCUUCGGUUACUGAAGAUGAGCUCAAGGACUUUUUUGCAAAGUAUGGGACCAUAGUGGAGCACCAGAUUAUCCGAGACCAUGAGACAAACAGGUCCCGAGGUUUCGGUUUUGUGAUUUUCGACAGCGAGGAGGUUGUUGAUGAGUUGUUGUCUAAAGGAAACAUGGUCGACAUGGCGGACACUAAGGUGGAGAUCAAGAAAGCCGAACCAAAGAAAUCUUCGAACCGUUCACCUCCUUCUUAUGGUAGUCACCCUAGAGGCCGUUCUUCCUUUAACGAUAGUUAUGGCGGACCUUACGGUGGACCUUACGGAGGUUUUGAUGGAGGGUAUGGUCCUCCUCCAGGUCCCAUUAGGUCACAUGGAGGUCCUCCUAGUAGGUUUGCUGCGGGAUAUGGGUAUGGUCGUGGCGGUGUAGGCCCUGAGUUUGGAGGAGGGUAUGGUGGCUAUGGGGGUGGUAGUUUAGGUUACAGGAGUGAACCACCCCUUGGCUAUUCUAGUCGUUUUGGACCCUAUGGAAGCGGGUUUGGUGGUGAGGGCUAUGGAGGUGGUGGUGGUGGUGGAGGGUAUGGUCGUGGAGGAGGGGAAGGCUACGGGGGAUAUGGUGGUGGCCCAGGUUAUGGUGGGGGGUUUGAAUCAGGUGGCCCAGGUGGCAGUUAUGAAGGAGCAGGUGGUCCUGGCCCAUAUGGCAGAGGUUAUAGUAGCAGUAGUCGAUACCAUCCAUAUGCAAGAUAGGCUCGAACCGUUCAGAUCCUUUUUGGUAGACGCUAUUUCUCUAGAUUCUCGCGUAGGUGCUAUUCUAGAGGAAACUAGAGUUAUCUCAUGUAGCGGCCACAUCAGGAAGGAUUUGCUAAGGACAGGAAGAGCAUCUAAAAAGUUCUUAUUACCCAUAUUAUAGACAUCUUCUAGUUUGUGUGUGUUUGUUUGACUUAAGUUUUGCUUUUUUAAUCUCUCGACUUAGAUUGUGUUAUCUAGACUUUAGCAUAUUUGGGAUUUGGAAUUUGGAGUUUCGAGUUUGGUUUAUUUACUGUCAUAAGAAUAAUCAUUUGGUAGUCUAACUCGCUUUAAGUAACUCUCAUCCCUUGCUUAGUUUGGGUUAUCAUAAGAAAAGAGCUUAAGAACAUAUGCAUAAAGUGAAUUCAUCAUCCUUUAGCGCUCAAGUUUGAAGUCUUUCUUUGGUCUAAUCUUACCGUAGGUUUUGUGUGAUUCCGAGCUCUGAUUAGAGUCCAAUUAUUUAUUUUUGAAUACUAAAGCUAGAACUAGGGUUUUUUUCAGGACAAAUGUUAACGCAAAUGUUAGCUACAUUUUGGAAGUACAUAUAUCAUCGUAAUUCUUGUGGUUUACGUGUGAAAAUGUCAAAAUAUGGUUUUGUCCUACAUGUCAAAAUUGGCUAUGGUUGUUGACUUGGUCUUUGUUUCUUCGCGUCUGGCCAGCAAUGUUGAUUUUGUUGUUUAUAGUUUUAGCAUCCAAAUGUGAGUUUAGCCUAAAUUCUAGUACGUAUUACAUCCUUUAGUAGUUAAGAAAUUUGAACUGUUUGUAACUCUUGCAUGUAAUUUUGUUCAGGACUAUCAAUGAUUUGAGUAACAAUUGAUUGUAAAUUGGUA